AGAGGACUCUCUCCAAGAAGACCUCCUAGGCUAGCUAUAUGAAAGCAUGCUAUUAGAUUCUGACGUUUACCUCAGCUUCUGUCUCUCUUCAUUCAUUCAUUCUCAUUCACUCAUUCUCUCUCUCUCUCUCUAUAUUGAAGUUGUUAUCAUUCUGGUCCCUAUCAGUUGCUGGUGGGAGGUGGUGGAGUAAUUAGUCGCCACCAUUUUCUCCGCCUCCCUUUUUUCCCCCCGCCCUCUCUCUCAAAACUUUUCCACCAAUCAAGCUUAAGAUAAGGAAAAAGAAACGCUUAUCAUUGUUAUAUAUAUAAAUCCUUGUCAAGAGUAGCUAAAGAGGGUUCUCUCAGUCGAACAUUAAUGCAGAACCAGCAAAGAAGAAGAACAAUGAGAAGAAUGAGCUUGCAGUUCCAUUUUCUUCCUCUUUUCAGUAGUUUUUGCUGCAUGCCAUCUUCUUCUUGAUUCGUAAACAUUCAUGUUGUUGCUGGCCUCUUGUUAAUCACCCCUUUAUUUUUCUUCUUCAUUCUCUCAUCUUUCUUCUUCCUCGGGAUCUGAUCAUUUUGGGACAACAAGACGACAAGUCCUUUUUUUUUUCUAGGGUUUUUCAAACUACAGACUGAAAGUUCAGCUCUAUUCCCGAGAAACACUCCCUUUUUGGUUCGGAAACAUUCUUUUGGAGCUUUUUCAUGUUUUGUCUGCUUGCGUGGGAUCAAAAGUUGCCAAAGAGUCUAAGAGAGUGACAGCAGCACUAAGCCAUUUACCCAUUUAUAAAAUUUUAUUGUUUCUCCUCCCCUUUCACUGAUCAUUGGGUUGACAGGAAGUUUGGGAGUUUGCACAAAGAUCGAUCACAUUUUGAAGAGCUUUUUUAUUGGGAUAGGGUAAACAUAUUUGAAACCAAGGGUACUUUAUAUUAUUCAAGCAUUCUUGAGCAACGAACAUGAAUUCAUUCACACAUGUUCCACCAGGGUUCAGAUUCCAUCCCACUGAUGAAGAAUUAGUCGACUACUAUCUCCGUAAGAAGAUUUGUUCCAAAAGAAUCGACCUAGAUGUCAUCAAGGAUGUUGAUCUCUACAGAAUCGAACCAUGGGAUCUUCAAGAACUAUGCAAAAUAGGAACUGAAGAGCAGAAUGAGUGGUAUUUUUUCAGCCACAAAGAUAAGAAAUACCCAACUGGAACGCGCACAAAUAGAGCAACAAAAGCAGGAUUUUGGAAAGCCACGGGAAGAGACAAAGCUAUUUACUCAAAGCAUAGCCUAAUUGGGAUGAGAAAGACCUUGGUAUUUUAUAAAGGUCGAGCUCCAAAUGGACAAAAAUCUGACUGGAUAAUGCACGAGUACCGGCUUGAAACUAACGAGAAUGGCACUCCCCAGGAAGAAGGGUGGGUUGUGUGCAGGGUUUUCAAGAAGAGGUUGGCAACUAUGAGAAAAGAUGGAGAUCAUGAGUCAAUGUGUUGGUACGAUGAUCAAGUUUCUUUCAUGCAAGAUUUUGAGUCCCCAAGGCGAAUGUCUCAUCAACCAUAUCCAUCCCCAUACAACAAUCCACAUUAUUCAUGUAAACAAGAGCUUGAUCAGUUGCAGUACAAUCAUGUCCCCCAUGAUCAUGGAUUCCUCCAACUCCCUCAGCUAGAGAGCCCCAGGGUUCCACAGUCAAACCCUAAUUUAAGCUGCAAUCUGUUGCUUCCAUACACCUUUGAAAGGAUGCAACCUUCAAAUCUCACUCAAGAAGAACAUCUUCAACAAAGCCACCAACAACAACAGCAUAUAAGCCCAUUAUACAGCAAUCAGACAGAUCAUCAAGCAGCUGUGGAUCAAGUGACCGAUUGGCGGGUUCUCGAUAAAUUUGUUGCAUCUCAACUCAGCCAUGAAGAUGCAGCUAAACAAGCUACUUAUUCUGAUGCAUCACCUUCUUCACUUCAGCAAGUGGCUGAUGAACACAUAAGCAUGAUGGUGAACCAUGAGCAAUCAAAGAGACAACAAGAAAUAAUGGGUUCGGAUGAACUAGCUUCCAUUGCAACUUCAAGUUCCCAAGUCGAUAUUUGGAAGUAAGGUUAAUGAAUGAUUCAGCAUGAUAAAUUAAAUUAACUACAGAUUUCAUAAAUAUACUAAUUCAUAGGAACAUCAAUAUCAAUAGGAGAAAGAAAUGUUGUUAAUUAAUUACCUCCUGUUCCUGUACAUAAUAAGAUGCAAAUAUAAGUAUCGGUUUCUUUGUUGCUUUUGUUCAAGAUGUGUAGUGACUUUUAAAAGGCACACAUACUUGGAUCAUCAUGGAUAUGAGAGGUACCUAUUGAUUAAGUCUAUAUUUGCAGAAUGUAUGGUUUAUCAAAGCCAAAUGUACCUACUUUGGUCAGAUUAUUGAAUACGUUUUCCUUGUAAUGAAGUCUCUAAACAAAAUAUUAAGCAUUCUGCAAAUUUUUUUUUUCCCUUUUCUUUCAAAUGUUGAUAUUUUUGGCCUUUUGUUAAAAACAAAUUUUCAUGAAAUUUUCGAUUUCUCGAAGUGUUUGCAACAUCUCACUUGUCUUUCGUCGGGAUGUUCAAAAAUUAGCUGGCCUUGCUCAGAAGAAGUUUUUCUCUCUUUUUUCUUUUUCUGAAAAUAUGGUACGGUCUCUAGGUAUACCAUGUCGGUAAGAGAAGAAGUCAAAGGCUUGAAAUAGAGAAUGAAUACUCCAAUUCCAUCUGCAGCAGAAAUUGAACUGGCGAGUCAGUAACAUGACCAUCCUAGCUAUUCUUCGAUCAGUUUCGAAGCUUUAAAUCCAUCACUCCGUCUGUCCCGAAAUGAUUGGGUGCAGGCCAGUUUAUUUUAUUUUUUUAUUUUCAGAAUAAAUUAUACCAAAAAGGAGAAUUCAAACUUGACAACACAAUCAUAUUUUGGGACGGAGAGGGAGGGAGUACGUGGGGAACAAGAAUGCAAACUAAAACUGGUGUUUUAUGACAUGGCAAAGAAAAGAAAACAGCUGAGAAAGUUUUACUGGUAAAGAUGCUAGAAGUCUGCCUGCGUAACGGUUCAUUUUCUUACCUGGAUCAGUUAACAGGCAGUGAUCGAUGCUUGACCUGAACUGGAAGUGGGCAACAUAUUUAUGUUCUCUUGUCGGAACAUCAAUCCGAAGAUGAUACUAACAGCAGUACUUAAUUAACCUGGAGAAGAACAGUCACCAGGAGACAUGAAACAUUUAGAUACAAUGCAAAGACUCGAAAUUGAGAUUAUAUGCAAAUAUAUACCUGGAUACCUUGACGAGCCAUUUCUUGAUAGUUGCAUAUAUACUGAGAUCUUCAAAAGUCCCAUGCAUGUCAAAUAUACUGGCAUCUUCAAACCCUUUUCAUGUGUUUAGAGAUCUGACGUGUACAUAUCCCAGUUUGGCUGAAAACAAGAAUCAAAAGACCCAAAUGAAGAAGGAGACAAGCUUGAAUUGUAGCAGUGAAAUAGAGGGAAAGAGUUAAGGCCAAGAACGAAGGAAGUGAAUGAGAUAGAUACUACGUACUGGUGAAUCAUUUCAAAAUUUU